ACGGGGUGUCUGUUGGUAGAAACUGACUGCAGGCAGUAUGUAGGCAUCUUUCAUUCAGAAUGGACAGUAAUAUAUUGAGUGGAAAAGAAAGCUUUUAGAAAUGUAUCGUUUGUCAAAAUUGUAUGGCUUUUAAAAAGGGAUAAAGAGAGAUGCUGAGUGUUUUGCAUGUUAGCAUCGAUUCCUUAUUUCUGUUCAGAUUCCUAAAUUUUCAGAAGCUUAAAUAUAGAGCCCUUUAAAAAAAAAAAAAGGAAGAAAAAAGAAUUUGCCUGGCUAGUCGACCUCUGGGAAGUGUUUCGUCCUCCUCCUCCACCUCUCCGUGGUGAUUCUCUGCAGCUCUCUGUAGGUUAGGCUUCAGUGCUGCCAAGCAGAAUGCUCAUGUGUUAGCUGAACAGAGUUCAUCGACAGAGACCAGUAUAGGUUUGCUUUCUUGCCUGUGAAUUCCAAAAUGCCAUCCAAAGAGUCUUGGUCGGGGAGGAAAGCGAAUAAAGCUACGGUUCACAAAUCAAAACAAGAGGGCCGUCAGCAAGAUUUAUUGAUAGCAGCCUUGGGAAUGAAACUGGGCUCUCCAAAGUCGUCCGUGACAAUCUGGCAACCUCUGAAACUCUUUGCUUAUUCGCAGUUGACAUCACUUGUUAGAAGAGCAACUCUGAAAGAAAACGAGCAAAUUCCAAAAUAUGAGAAGGUUCACAAUUUCAAGGUCCAUACAUUCAGAGGGCCACACUGGUGUGAAUACUGUGCCAACUUCAUGUGGGGUCUCAUUGCUCAGGGAGUGAAGUGUGCCGACUGUGGUUUGAAUGUUCAUAAGCAGUGUUCCAAGAUGGUCCCUAACGACUGUAAACCAGACCUGAAGCAUGUGAAGAAGGUGUACAGCUGCGACCUGACCACGCUGGUGAAGGCGCACAUCACCAAGCGACCCAUGGUGGUGGACAUGUGCAUCCGGGAGAUCGAGGCCAGAGGUCUUAAUUCUGAAGGACUAUACCGAGUAUCAGGAUUCAGUGACCUAAUUGAAGAUGUCAAGAUGGCUUUUGACCGAGAUGGUGAGAAAGCAGAUAUUUCUGUGAACAUGUAUGAAGAUAUCAACAUUAUCACUGGUGCGCUUAAACUGUACUUCAGGGACUUGCCAAUUCCACUCAUUACAUACGAUGCCUACCCUAAGUUCAUAGAGUCUGCCAAAAUCAUGGAUCCUGAUGAGCAAUUGGAAACCCUUCAUGAAGCACUGAAACUACUGCCACCUGCUCACUGCGAAACCCUCCGGUACCUCAUGGCACAUCUAAAGAGAGUGACCCUGCAUGAGAAAGAGAACCUGAUGAACGCAGAGAACCUCGGGAUCGUCUUUGGCCCUACCCUCAUGAGAUCUCCAGAACUAGACGCGAUGGCUGCAUUGAAUGACAUUCGGUAUCAGAGACUGGUGGUGGAGCUGCUGAUCAAAAAUGAAGACAUUUUAUUUUAAAUUUUUAAUUUGAGGGGAGAAGAAAUGUUUUACAGAUGAAGGAAUGUUUUAUAGUAAUUUAAUUGGCUCCUGUAGCUGAAUUAUUUCUCAGUUAGAGGUUUGGGCAUAUAACCAGAUAAAAAUGAAGGAACUUUUCUGUUGUUUCUGUAGCACCGCUCAGCUCUCCUCGUAAAACAGUGAACACACUUUCCGGUUCUAGUAAUCCUGGGUGUUUAUCAUGUUAAGAGAAACUCAAGCUAUUGCAUGAUUAGCCUCCUGUUUGGCAAGGAAACCCCAUACGAGCAAACAGCAAGCCUGCACCCGCACCGCCUCUCCGUCCUGGGUAGUCUGUGGUUGUGACCCAGCAUGUUUCACAGAGUGAGCCUGUCGUGACUUUGCUUUCAGGGUCUGUGUCCUCGGUUCCUGACGCUUGCACACACAUGCACACACGGGCGGGAGAAUAGCACCUCCCCCUUGCAUCGCCAUAGACGAUGUCAUAUGCCUACUGUCUGCCAGUGCUUUCUUUCUGGUUUCUCUUAGUUCUUCUCUAACAUAGCUCUUCCUGGCAAAAGCAAAAUGUGUUUUCAGGUUCGUUACUUUAAUAAGUUAUCCAUACCAAUAAAAAAAUGUACAACACAGAGCAUUUUCUGUUAAAUUAUUGGUUUUCAGUUGUAAUUUUGUAUUUUUAUCUGGCAUGCAUUUGUUAAUUUAUUAAAUUUGGCUUUUAGAAAUCAAA